AUGAUUGUUGCUUGGAAAUUUUACUUAAGUAUUAAGCUACUCGAGUCUCGAGGCAGUGAUUUUUAAUUUUAAAUAGCUCUUAUUGUGCGGCUCAAAACUUUGUAUUAAAAUAAAAUGACGAGACAUGCUAGAAAUUGCACAGCUGGUGCAGUAUAUACAUAUCACGAAAAAAAGAAAGAUGCUGCAGCUUCGGGAUAUGGUACGCAGAGUGAACGAGUUGGAAAGGAUUCGGUAAAGAGCUUUGAUUGCUGUAGUCUCACAUUGCAGCCUUGUAGAAAUCCAGUCAUUACAAAAGACGGAUUUUUAUUUGACAAAGAAGCUAUCCUGGAAUAUAUAAUAACAAAGAAAACUGAAUACACACGCAAGUUAAAGAACUAUGAGAAGCAAUUAAAAAAGGAAGAUGAAGAAAAAAAGGAACUGGCAGAAGCCGAAAGAGAAACAAAUUUAAUAAAAUUUAUGAAUAGAGAAAAGAACAUUACAAACGGAGCAAAAUCUGAUGCAUCUCAUCAAUCAAGCUCUAUUUCAAACCUUGCUAAUGGUAAACAUAAACAGUUGCCUAGUUUUUGGAUACCCUCACAAUUACCAGAUGCUAAAAUUUCUAAAUUACAAAAACCAGAUCCUACAGUGUAUUGUCCUCUAAGUAGUAAACCUUUAAAAAUGAAGGAUCUUAUUGAAGUUAAGUGGACCUUAGUAAAGGAUCCAGACGACAAAAAAUCUUUGAUAGCAAAAGAGAACAGGUAUAUGUGUCCAAUCACUCAUGAUAUACUCAGUAAUGCUGUGCCAUGUGCUGUAAUCAGAACUACAGGUCAUGUUGUUACCAUGGAGUGUGUUGAGAAAAUUAUAAAGAAAGAUUGGCUUCACCCACUCACAGGUGAAAAAUUGAAGGAAAAAGAUAUUAUUCCAAUGCAAAGAGGCGGUACAGGCUAUGCACUCACCAAUGAUAAUCUUGAGGCAAAGAAUGCAAGGCCUGUAUUACAGGCUUAAAGUUCUAUGAUGCAAAUAAAUUUUGUAUUGUCUACUGUCUUCAAAAACUUACAUUCUAUUAAUAUUAAAGAUUUUUGAUGUUAGUAAGAAAAAUAGUUUGUUUUUAACAAAGUUGCAUACUCUAGUAUAUUUUUAAAACAGCAUGUAUAAAGAUAAUCUAAAUUGCAACUAUUGAUUCACAUAGAAAGUUAAUAUGUGUGUAAUACUUUUAAUAUAAAUCCUGUUUUUGUUAA